UACCCCUCAUCAACCCCACCACCAGUUGUACGCGCCUGAUAGGCAUCUUCCACUCUGACUUUCAGCCCCGAAUCACAACAGUUGUGUCGCCACGAGUCACUUGCCCGCCAUGAGUUUUUCAAACAUGCUCAACAAGCUGCACGGCCAGCCCGACAGCUAUGACCGCAAAUCUCGAUACAAAUUUGGAAAGACACUGGGCGCCGGAACGUAUGGUAUCGUCAGAGAGGCCGACUGCCCCGAGGGCAAGGUCGCUGUCAAGAUCAUCUUGAAGAAGAAUGUCAAGGGAAACGAACAGAUGGUAUACGACGAACUGGAAAUGCUGCAGCGCAUGAAGCAUCCACACAUUGUCAAGUUCCACGACUGGUUCGAAUCGAGGGACAAAUACUACAUCGUGACCCAAUUGGCGACGGGCGGAGAGCUGUUUGACCGCAUCUGCGAGAAAGGAAAGUUCACCGAGAAGGACGCUGCCGAAACCAUUCGACAGGUGCUCGAGGCUGUCAACUACCUCCACGAGAACAAUGUUGUCCACAGAGAUCUUAAGCCAGAGAACCUUCUCUACCUCACACGGGAACCCCACUCGUCUCUUGUGCUGGCCGAUUUUGGUAUCGCGAAGAUGCUCGACUCCAAGAACGAGGUCCUAACCACCAUGGCCGGCUCGUUCGGAUACGCUGCUCCCGAAGUCAUGCUGAAGAAGGGUCACGGAAAACCCGUUGAUAUGUGGUCCAUGGGUGUUAUUACCUACACACUUCUCUGCGGAUACUCGCCAUUCCGAUCGGAGAAUCUCGCAGAUUUGAUCGAAGAGUGCAAGAACGGUCGCGUCAUCUUCCACGAGCGGUAUUGGAAAGAAGUCAGCAAGGAGGCCAAGGAAUUCAUCAAGCUGCUGCUGACACCGGACCCCAACAGCCGACCAAGCAGUGGGGAAGCACUCAAGCACGUAUGGCUAAGCGGCACGACGGCUAGUGACCACAACUUGCUGCCUGAGAUUCGUGCAUACGUCGCGAAGGCUCGUCUCAAGCGUGGCAUCGAGCUUGUGAAGCUCGCGAACCGCAUUGAAGCCCUCAAAAUGCAGGAAGACGAGGAAGAGGACGUUCCUGGAGAAGCAGAUGUUCCUGCCAACGCCCGCGAGGCUGCAGGUGAGGCGCUCGCAUCAAGCGAACCAAACGGCACCAGCUUGGAAACAAAAGAGGAUGUGACUAGCGCGACUGGUAAAGGACCCGGGCGUCUGAGCAGGAUUGCCAAAGGUGCCAUCUUCCGAGAGGUUGUCUUGGCCAAGGUGCGCGAACUCAAGGAACAAGAAGCUCAGAAAGAAUUUGAGAGAACGGCGAGCGAGGCUUCCGGCAAAAACGAGACUUCGACUAAGAAGGCAUGAGCAGUGAUAUGGGUUGAUUUUACUCACUCUUCAACACCGUUCUACAAACAAGGCUGGGUUUGCUGGGCACUUAG